AUGAACACUUUCAAAUCUCCGCUGGGCCACCUUGAUCUGAUCAGCUCGCUGCUCGACCAAAAUGAGGGACAGACUAUCAGAACGAGCACCCCGAGCACCACGACAAUUGGGAAGGAGUCGGAAAGGUCGAGGGCUGGCUCAACUGAGGAGUCGGUCUCCUCGAUCGAGAGCCUGUUGAGCCGGCUCUACAAGGAAUUCGCGGAAGCCGAGAGACGAGAAUCGGGACUAUCAACCCAGGAGUACCUGAGCAGUGACAAUUCGGCCAGCCCAAUGAAUGUAUGGCAGUCGUGUCUCUCGGGCGUCGGCACUCCGAUGCGUCAGCAGCCCUUAAUGAGGCGAUAUUCGAGCAGUGCGUAUGAGGAAAAUCUUCCGCCAACGAGCCUAUUACACCAGAUCACCAAAGAUGUACAGCCAUCGCCGAGGACAGAACAUAAAAACGAACAAAAACUAGAACACCGAGGAUCAAAAGCAAUGGCGACCGGGGUAAAUGAGAAGCGCUGCUACAAGACAGAGCUGUGUCGGCGCUACAUGUCAAGUCCAUCGGGAGCCUGUGAAUAUGGCAGCAAGUGCCAGUUUGCUCAUGGGGUUGGAGAACUUCGUCUGCCACCCCGACAUCCGAGGUACAAGACGGAAAUAUGCCACGCCUUCCACACCCUCGGCACCUGCCCCUAUGGCCGGAGGUGCGCAUUCAUUCACAAUGAAACCGAUGAACGGCUGGCGGUAAUCCGUCGGCAGAACCAGCUGUACCAUGAGUUCCGUCAGGCGCACCCCAAUGUAACUGACGUGAGAGUUUUUGAUCUGAUCGAUGCUACAGGAUAUAAGAGAGGCAUCCAAAGGCAGAAUCAUCUCAAACAACAGGAAUCCCAAAAAUGUUUUCCUCAAGAGGGCCAAUGUAAUCAGCUGACAUAUAGUCUAAAUCAAGAGUUGGGUAGCAAUUCUACAACUCUACAAAGUAUGAUCAAUCGCCUGCGGAGCCUCUCUCUUCCUAGCGACUGA